AGGCGGGACUGACGUCACGGCUCAGCCAAUGAGCGUUGAGUGUGCGGUGCGGCGCUGCGGGACGACACGCAGCUCCAGAGACCGACAGAGAGUAUAAAGCUCCGAGGAGGAGACAUGAACCCCGCGCACUUAUUUUCCUCCCUGUAAGGUAUAAAAACAUUGGUGGUGAGCUGUUUUUGUGUGUGCGCCUUCACUGCAUCGUCAGUCAUGCACGUGACAUCUCAGUUGCUCAGGGGUUUGCCCCGCUCCAAGGUCUUGGCCUCCACUCUGUUACCAUGCCAACAGCACCGGUCCCAUUCGGCACACCGACCUGCCUCAAGACGGUUGCAGGGUCACCAGCACUUACGAAGUUACCAGACUGCCGCCGUGCUCCGUAGCUACAUCCUCUCACCACCACAGGUCAACUCCAUUCUCAAAGCCAACGAGUACAGCUUCAAGGUGCCAGAGUUUGAUGGGAAGAAUGUAUCAGCUGUAAUGGGAUUUGAGAGUAACCAGCUGCCAGCCAACGCUCCCAUAGAGGACCGUCGCAGUGCGGCCACAUGCCUGCAGACACGAGGAAUGCUGCUGGGUGUGUACGAUGGCCAUGCGGGCUGCGCCUGCGCUCAGGCGCUCAGUGAGAGGUUGUUUUACUACAUAGCAGUGUCUCUGCUGCCCCAUGACACGCUGUGUGAACUGGAGGCAGCGGUAGAGUCCGGCAGGGCCCUCAGUCCCAUCCUGCAAUGGCACAAAAGCCCCAAUGACUACUUCAGCAGGGAGGCUCAGACUCUCUACUUCAACAGCCUGCGGACCUACUGGCAGGAGCUGAUCGAUCUCACCAGCCCGGGGGAGAUUCCAGACACCCGUGAGGCUCUGCUGAACGCGUUCAAGAGGCUGGACAAUGAUAUUUCUCUGGAGGCUCAGGUUGGAGACCCGAACGCUUUCCUGCACUACUGGGUUCUGAGAGUGGCCUUUUCUGGAGCAACGGCUUGUGUGGCUCACAUCGACGGAUCAGACCUGUAUAUAGCCAAUGCAGGAGAUGCUCGGGCAGUGUUGGGGGUGCAGGAGGAGGAUGGCUCCUUCAGCGCUCACACGCUCUCUAAUGACCACAGCGCCCAGAACGAGGAAGAGAUGGCACGGAUAAGAGGGGAACACCCUCUAUCGGAGAGAAAGACCGUUAUAAGACAGGACCGGUUGCUCGGCCUCCUCAUGCCGUUCCGUGCGUUCGGGGAUGUGAAGUUCAAGUGGAGCAUCGAACUGCAGAAGCGCGUGUUGGAGUCUGGACCUGAUCAGCUCCAUGAAAACGAACACACCAAGUUCAUCCCACCCAACUAUCACACACCACCGUACCUGACCGCUGAGCCUGAGAUCACGCACCACAAGCUGCGGCCACAGGAUCGCUUCAUGGUGAUCGGCUCUGACGGCCUCUGGGAGACCCUCCACAGACAGGAGGUGGUUCGCGUUGUGGGCGAGUAUAUAACGGGAGUGCACCAGCGUCAGCCACUCAAAGUCGGAGGCUACAAGGUCACCCUGGGACAGAUGCAGGGGCUCCUCGAAGAGAGGAAGGCUCGAGUGUCCUCGGCUUUCGAGGAUUACAACGUAGCGACCCAUCUGAUGCGUCACGCGGUGGGAAACAACGAGUUUGGCACGGUGGACCACGAGAGGCUGUCAAAAAUGCUGUCGCUGCCUGAGGAGCUGGCUCGCAUGUACCGUGAUGACAUCACCAUCAUUAUCUCUCAGUUCAACCCUCAUGUGAUCGGAGCACAGAGACCGGAAGGGCAGUCCUGAGCUGGGUUCACACUCACGAGUACACACACUUGUGUAAAUGUGUACAGCAGAUCUACACGUAAGCAGACACUGUGGACAAACUAAGUUAAUAUCUGAUUACUUAGUUUAAUCUCUAUUUAUGUACAGAAUUUGUAUGUUUUUAGACAUUACUACAGAAGAUCCAGUUUCUUAUGUUAAGUUAAAGAUCACUCUUUAAAAUCCUGGAUGGAAAUCUCUUACACAACAUGUUAUUUAUUACUAUAAUCUCUGUCAGAGUUUCAUACAUGCUCAUGAGCGAGGCUAAGAAGAUGCUGUUUCGAAUGGAUUCUUGUGCCAAAAGAUUCGACCUCCCACUUCUGAAAGUGCAGUUGAAAAUAUAGAAAUUCCAAAGAGGGUGAAGGUUGGGACUUGAAGAGCGAAGAGGCCUUGUGGCGCUGACUCUAACUGGUCUGUGCUACGAUAAUAAGACACACUCGUCUUCUGCUGUCUGGUUUUGACACAAACAUCCCAGGCACAAUCCUUUUCACUUUGUGGGCGGUUUCUGCAUCUGAGGGAUCGAUGUUACAACAGAUGUUACAUAUGAGAUUAGUAUCAUUCAAACAUACACUUUUUAUUCAGUAAUUUUCCCUCGAGUGGGUAUUUGGAUGAUGAUGUUGACUCCAGCACACUGGAUUUCAUGUGAAACGACAACUGUUAAAGUGGUGACGUUAAAUAGGACAUUCAUAUCCAUAUUGGAUCGACUGUGUAGAACCCACAAUGCAUCUGAUAAAUUCCCUUCACAUUAAAUAAUCCUGUUACACAAAUGUUUGCUGCUUAAAUAUACAAAAAUACUUUGACCUCUUUGGGUGUUUUUAAAAAUCCUUUUAAAUGAAAUAACUGAGAAGGAAUGUGGUUCAGCUGCUUACACCCAAUGUUCGGAGCAGGCUAUAACCUGUAAUGAGGGAAUGCAAAUAGACGGCGCUUCAUUUUAAAGGGUCUCAAAGCAAAAAGGUUGAACCACUGAGCUGGAUUUCGUUUUUGUUGAGAACCCAGUGCGCUGGAGUCAAAUAUUCACAGUACGAGUCCUGAACCCCGUCACUAUAAGCAGACUGGUAUGUACUGGGCUUGUCUGUGACCCUAUCCUGUGAUUAUUGUCGGGCUUCUUUGCUAAAAAAAAAAGGAAUAAAAUGAAGUAUUGUCCGUUACUUCUUUGGUUGGAGAGACGGUGGUAGAUUGAAAUCAGUGCAUGUGUUAGUGAACCUCUGAACUGACUAACUGAAGUUUUACCCCAGUCAGAGCAUCUGGUUAAAGCAGCAACGCUUCAUCUUCUGAGGGGUUGGAGUAAAAGGAAUUCCUCGUCCGAGCUCGUUUGGGUUAAAAGGGACUCCUGUUGCCCUUAUGUUAUUUUCCUGGCUGGUCGUUGGCUGUAUGAAUAACCUUUUCUUACAGAUUUUAUUUUUCCUGACAGCAGCAGCGGUGAACGUAGAAGCCGACCACACUCCUGACUCUCUCCAGCUUAACACUUUUCACAGGGACGUGUGUUUUGCGCCCAAACGAAUGAGCAGAAUGUAAAUGUUUGCAUCGCGCUGUUUGAAUAUUAUUAAAGAUAUUUUAUUAAGCUUUAAUGUUACGUUACACAUGUUCAUCUGCAGUUUUAUGUAUAAAUUGUAACUUAUGUGGAUUAAGUUUUGUAUAUGGAGCAGUUUAAUAAAACACUGAAUACUCA